GUUUAUCACAAAUCAUGAAUGAGAGCCCUAGAGUGGGUCAGCUGACCAGUCAGUUAAAUGAACUGAAGAUUGACCUAUAUAACUUUGAGGACCCCCACUACGAGGAUGGCAAAUAUGUGCUGACAAGUCCUCGGUCACUGGAGGCAUGUGCAAAGCUUGGUGUCAAGCCAGUAGACCUAUUGUACAAGCCCCUGGCAGAAUUCCAAGAGGAGCUGCUACCUCAAGAUGUGCCUCUUCGUACCAUCUAUAACGUCUACGAUGACCAUGAACAACAACGACAGAUAAAGUUAAAAAUGGCUCGAGAUGAGAGAAACAAACUGAAAGAACAGGAAAACCAAGUUAGGAGUAGAAGUAAAAAAAUGGGGAACAAGUAUUCUGGCCUGUCCAAAAAGUCUUUGAGGAAAUCUAGAAUGUUCAAAUCUACUUCAGAUGAGGACCUGAGCCAGGUGAGAGGAAGUGUACAGCGUCAGAGGACAGCUUGGGCCAUGUCAGUAGGUCACAAACGAGUCUCAGACACUGAUAUCAACAAAAGAGCCAAUGAAUUACACGAAGAAAGUCUGAAAUUACGAAAUGAACUGUUGUCCAAGAAAGAGAGAAUGAGACCAAGGCCAAAAUCAGCACAAAGCGGGAGGAUAAAAAGAAAAGGAACUGGAAGGUCAUCUGUUGCUAGGUCAAGGUCACGCAGUACAUCCAACUUAUCUCUGAACAGCUCUAGUGGGUCCUGUCUCCUUAAUAAGUCUGCUGUUAGGGAUGCCCGCCCCAUCUCUAACCCCUCUCUUAGGAAAACGCUCAGUUCUUCAUCUGUAGAUCUGCGCUCCACCUGUGUGACUCCCAGAGACCAGAAGAUUUUGGAGCUGAUGAUGAGUAAGGGUGAAGAGGAGAAGGCAGUCAGCCGUGACCGAUACAUGGCUGACCUGGCAUGGGAGCUUCAGCGCAAGAGAGAGGAGGAAGCAAAAAUUACGUCGGAGAUGAAGAGACGUGAGCUGCUUGCCGAGGAAAACAGAAUCCGACAUCGUAAAAAGGUUGAGACAGAGAAACAGCGCCUUGAGAUGGAGGCAGAACUACUAGAGGCAAGAGAACGGAAACUGAAGGAAAGUGCUGCACAGUGGAAACGUUCCUCCAAUAUCCAGCUGGCAAUGAGGGAUAUGAAGUUGGCUGAAAGGAAAGAAAAAGAACUACUGAAAAAGCUGUCACAGGAACGUAAUAAACAGUUAAUGGAUCAAGAUGAGAGUGAAAUGAAGGAACUUGUGCUAGAAAAGCAUCGUCGGGACAUUCACACUGCUGCUCAGCGUAAAGAAGUCAAACUUCUUCAGGAUUCUAUGAAAAAAGUAAUGGAGAAUAGAAACAAGAGGGAUACAUUUGAGGAUAGACGUAAAUUAAUAGAUGAAAUAACAGAACAGGAUCAAGAUCACAUGAAGAAUUCCAUCCACAAGCGUCACAGUUCUGCGGAGGUCAACCUCAACCGGGUUGCCCAGCAGAAGGAAAAUGAACUCCGUUUGAGCCAAUUGGAACGAGAGAAGCGAGCACUAUCAGCAAAGAUGUCACAGAAAAAGUUAGAUCAGGAGCUGGAAGAAUGGCGGACAAGUGUGAAGAAUCAUAGAAAAGCUGUGGAGCGCCAUGCAAGUGAGGUCAGUGCACAGAAUACAGAUAUGAAAGCACGCAAAGCUCACAUGGAGCGAGUACAGAGAGAACAGGCACAGAGGAACAGCAUCAAAAAAAUACAUAAGGAGGUUGAGGCAUGGAGACAGGAUACAGAGGCAGGUCUUCACUGGAAGGAUUCCAAGGCAAAUGCUGUCCUACAGGACAAGGAGAACACAAUACAACAGUCACGCCAUGUCGCACAUCAGUCUUCCAAACUGCGCAAUGAACUGAGGGAGAAAUAUGGAGCCGAGAGUUUUGACAAGAAGGCAUUUCGAGUGGAAUUAUUUCAUCAAAUUGGUCUUGGACAUCUGUCAAAUAAAAAGACAGUGUAGCAAUUGUGACAGUGUUUAGAAAUUCUACACAUACUUUAGUGACUAUGCAUUAUGUAAGUCAUGGUUGGCUGGGAGUGUAGUGAUUGUGAGACAGGUAAACUAUGGUUGACUGGUGGUGCAGUAAUUGUGAGACAGGUUAGCCAUAGUUGACUAGUGAUGUAGUGAUUAUGAGAGAGGUUAGCCAUGGUUGACUAGUAUUGUAGUGAUUAUGUCACAGUUAAGCCACGGUUGACUGCCAGUGUAGUGGUUAUGAGACAGUUAAGCAAUGGUUGACUGGCAGUGUGGUUAACUGGGAGUGUAGUGAUUGUGAGGUAGGUUAGCCAUAGUUGAUAUAUUGAUUAUGAGACAGGUUAGCCCUGGUUGACUAGUGAUGUAGUGAUUAUGUCACAGUUAAGCCACGGUUGACUGGCAGUGUGGUUGGCUGGGAGUGUAGUGAUUGUGAGACAGGUUAGCCAUAGUUGACUAGUGAUGUAGUGAUUAUGUCACUGUUAAGCCACGGUUGACUGGCAGUGUGGUUAACUGGCAGUGUAGUGAUUGUGAGACAGCUUAGCCACGGUUAACUCAAGUGUGAGACGUGUGCUCAUUGAUGACUGACUGAACAGUCUAUCACAUUUCAAUAAAAUAGUGGAUGUUCACACUCUAGGUAGCAUACACACUGUACAUCUACAUCAUACCACAUGUUUAGGUAAACGAGUCUGGAAUAUAGAGGGUAAAACCUGAUCAGGGAUGAUUGAUAAGAGGUGACCCAGACCCAGGUCUGAUUACAGUUAGAGAAGGAACGAAUCAGUAGACAACUGUAACACAAUUAGUGAAGGCUUUGAAAAUGUACAUUGUUUAUCAAACAUAGACAGCAACUACAGUAUAUGUAUCGGGGGGGUUAAAGAAUUAGGGAAUGUUAAAUCCAGUUAUUAAAAGUGACAUUCAUAGCAUGUUUCUGAAUGUACAGAAGUUGUCAUGUGAAUACUCCCAACUCGGGCCUUGAUUAAGGGCUCUGUUAUGUACAUUUGUAUUUAUUUAUUAUUAUAUG